GGAAAUGAAUUUAUUUUUAUGAGUUACAAGGACAGUUUAAAAUUGUUGAAUAAAGAGAAUAAAAAAAUUAAUAACGUAAUUGGAACGAGAGUUAUUGUUUAUUCAAUUGGAAGAAAUUGUUGAUCGAUUGAACCGAGUGAAUUCGGACGUUUUGAACUGAAUAAAAAAUUGUGGUUUCUUUAAAAAAAAAUUGGAAAAAUGUCGGGGGACGCGACGACGUCAGAUGAAGAGGGAUCGCAAGAGGAUUCGGGACAAUAUGACAUUGAUGACCUAGAGAUGGUCAAAACCAUCGGCACUGGCACAUUCGGGAGAGUUGUGCUGUGCAGGCAUCAGGGCAGUCCCUUAGCACUGAAGGUUCUCUCCAUGGUGGACGUGAUACGACUUAAACAAGUGGAGCACGUCAGGAAUGAAGUUUCCGUUCUCAAAGAAGUUAAUCAUCCUUUUAUAGUCAAUAUGCUUUGGAGUGGUAGAGACACGGCCAACGUCUACAUGCUCCUGGAAUUUGUCGCUGGUGGUGAACUAUUCUCCUACCUCAGAGCAGCGGGAAGAUUCUCAGUCCCCACUAGUUGCUUCUAUGCAUCGGAAAUUGUUUGCGCCCUGGAUUACCUGCACUCAAAGCACAUCGUCUAUCGGGAUUUAAAGCCCGAGAAUCUGUUAUUAGACAGCCAGGGCCACCUCAAGAUCACCGACUUCGGCUUCUCCAAGAAACUAACAGACAGAACAUGGACGUUAUGUGGAACCCCAGAAUACCUAGCCCCCGAGAUAAUCCAAAGCAAAGGUCACAACAAGGCCGUGGACUGGUGGGCCCUAGGUGUUCUAAUCUACGAAAUGCUGGCAGGAUACCCUCCCUUCUUCGACGACAAUCCCUUCGGCAUCUACGAGAAGAUCCUCGGCGGAAGGAUAGAGUGGCCGAAGCACGUGGACCCCGUCGCGAAGGAUCUCAUCAAGAAGCUGUUGGUAGCCGACAGGACCAAACGACUCGGUAACAUGCGACAAGGUGCGGAAGACGUUAAGAGACACAGAUGGUUCAAGCUCAUAGAUUGGACACUGGUACCCCAAAGAGCGUUAACUCCACCGAUCCGACCUAGAGUGAAGGCCCCAGGUGACGCCAGUUGUUUUGACGAUUACCCAGAGACAGAUUGGAGAUCCCAACCACCACUACCACCGGAUCAAUUAGCCCUGUUCCAGGACUUCUGACGAGCGCUUCUACCUGACUAGCCAUGUUGAAAUAACGAGUCGCCCCUCGGGGUUGCUCAUCCCUUUAAACAUGUUAUGGACGUGCAUCUGGGGAUAGACUAGCAGUCGUCAAAAUUCCCAGGAGCUCUGCCAAUAAAUUUUUUAUCACCGU